CUUAAUACAAAGCACUGUUCAACAAAACCAUAAAAAGAGGAUUCGUUCAUUAUUAUUUGCACAAUUAAAAUUAUAAAAAAAAUAAUUUAUCCUCUCUAAUGCUUUACAAAUGUUAAUGGUAUGACUAUGUUCUAGUUUUUAAUAUCAUUAAUGUGUCUGUAUUAUUAAUUUAACGGAAUUAAAGGGAUCCACUUUCUGGCCAAUCAGAAGUUAUAAGGGAAGCGCGAACAGCCAAUCAGAGUCGAGGAGGCAGAGCACCGGAUCGAGUUGACGCGGUGCGUGGCUCUGACUCUCCUCAGUUUAACAGUGAACGUUUCAACUGCGGUAGUCACGACCGGCUGCGCACAAAAUAAGCGGAUAACAAACAUUAUAUGGAGUGACGAGCGGCAUUCGCCACCUCAGAUAGACUUUACCGUAUGUUUAAAGUGUUUAUGUUGAGUUUUGUGUCACUUAUCAGCGAACAUCAUGUCUCAGCGAGUUCGCAAAAACGGCUCUCCGACGUCAAACAGCUGUAACGUUACCGCGGGGAGCCCGACAGGAUCCGCUGGGAUGAACGCCGCCGGAGUGGGUUUACUGGGUCGCCUGCUGCCCAUGAAAGCCACUGUUCCCUUUCAGCUAAAACCGCAGACACAGCACCCUCUACAGACACGAACGGUCCUCUCCACCGGUAACGGUAAAUGCCUCAGCAGCGGAUGUGAUCCACCCGGAACCCACAGUCGGAGCCCCACGCGAUCCCUUUCUUCUUCGGGUGCCUCAAACGUUUCUUCGGUCACGUGCAGUUCUUCAGCGCCGUGUCCACAGUGCAUCACAUCCACAGUGUCUUCAUCAUCAAGAACUAGCCCCGUUAUCUCUGUUCACGCGACGAACCCGAGAGCACCACCUGUGACAUGCGCAUCAUCACCCUACCCGGGUGUGCAUGCCACCCAGAUCAACUCCAUCUCGGACAGUUCAGCCCCUCUUACCUCUAAUUUAUCAACCUCUCCGUCUUCGUCCUCCUCGUGGUCCUGCGGGCAUAGGGCCAAAUCCCAGCAGCCCCCUGAUCAUGACAGACUCUCUCCAGAUUCCCAGAGCUCCAGCUCACCUGUCUACAGAGACAAGCCUAGGCUUCCUGUGGCAGGGUCUUGGUGUACCACCAACAGCAACGGUAGCAUUCGUCGUACCUCCUCUUUGGACGCGCUCACAGCCCCCUACCUGUCUGGACACUGGCCCCGGGAUGCCAACCACUCCCCUUGUGCCCCCUGCAUGAGGGACAAAUCCACCCAGACCCCCAGCGCCUGGGCCGAUGAAUGCGGACAGAAGAAGAGGGGCUGUCACAAACGCUCAGCCUCCUGCGGCAGCACUGACCAGCUUAAAGAGAUUGUAAAGUUGAGACAGCAGCUCCAGCGCAGUAAACACAGUAGCCGUCACCAUCGCGACAAGGACCGCAAAUCUCCCUUCAAUGGCAACCAUGCUGCUAUCAGCCAAUCACAGGCUCCUAUUCCAAAGACGGUCCUAAUCUCAAUUCCCAUCUCCAAGUCUUCUGUGUCCCGUUUCCGUAACAGCGUAGAGGGGCUGAAUCAGGAGAUCGAACGCAUCAUUAUCCGAGAUGUAGACGACAGAGAAGAACAGUUCAUUCCUCAUGAGGCCCCAGAUGGGCAUCGCGCCCCUCCUCCCCUCUGCCAGCGCAGCGCCAGCUCACGCAGCAUUGACACACAGACACCCCUGGGCACCACGGCGGGCAGUAACCACAGCAACAGCAGCAGCCGUUCUCAGUCCAUCUCACCCACUUUCCUGAAUGUUCCCAUCGAGCCCUGCAGCGAUAGUCCAUCUCCCAACGAGGACGAAACGUUGACUGAUGGCCAUGAAAAAGAUCUCGCCCCUGGCUCACCCCAGCUCAAAUACGCCUCCUCCCCAAAGCCAAACAACACCUACAUGUUCAAACGCGAGCCACCUGAGGGCUGUGAGCGAGUCAAGGUCUUCACAGAAGAAACACAGGCCAGGCCUCCGCAGGAGAUCCCUCAGUUCCUGUGCCCAGAUAGGAACAAGGUCAAUUUCAUCCCCAAGAGCGGCUCGGCGUUCUGCCUAGUCAGCAUUCCCAAACCACUGAUGCCCACACAGGAGCUCAACAACCUCAAGAAUCAAGGCAACGGGCGUCUCACGCCAGAACCUGAGCAGAGAGCUUCUUGGAUAACCUGCGUGCUUUCCCAACAACCCUCAGGCUCCUCCCCCUCCUCCUGUCUGUCGGAGUUAGACACGCCCCCUCAACAAGUGUCUUAGCGAACUUUUGCACAUUUUCAUAACUCUUACAGAACAAAGCGAUUAUUAGUAACAAAGGCUUUUUUGGGUGACGUCUGCUUGUUUUUGACGGAAGAUGACAUGGUUGCCUUUUGCUAUGCAGCUUUAUUAAGGUUUGUGCUUGUUCUUAAAGAACAGGAAGGCCAAUUUUGGGGUUGGGUUUUUGAUAAAGGUAUGUUUGUGAUUAACAUAUUCGCUUUUAUACCUUUCGUAGACAUGACUGAGAUUGAGAAUGUUAAAUCACUAUGAACGCACACUCGCAUAAAACAGCGGGAAUCUGAUCUAUGUUAGCUUUCUCAAUUCUUCAGUACCGAGGUGGCUUUAUAGGUCCUAGAUGAAUUUUUGUGAGACACUGAUGUAUAUUUUAUAAUAGUUUGCCGUGGAUCGCUUUUGCAAGAAAUUUUCUACGUAUUUUUUAGGACCAGCAGAACAUUAAAUAGAAAUGAUGCUGUCUUAGUAGAAUAGUUCACCUGAAGAUAGAAAAAAACGUAUCAUUGUUUACUCGCCCCCAUUUCAUUUUAAU